GAGCACUCUAACCCUGCCCACUUUCACAAAGCCAUUCAACUGACAUUGUGGGCUCUCUGAGGCUUCUGCAGUGAUGUGCACAUCAGCUGGGUGGCACACCGUCACCAGUCCUUCGGUACACAGCUCUCUUCCAGUCCCUUUCUGCACCAGGGCUUCACGUCAGCACGUCUUUCCUCACAAGGUGUAAGGUAGGGGUGGACACUCCCUUGCAGGCACUUUAUUUUUUUUACAAUUACAACACUGGAAGGUGUGUACUUUCAUUUUUCCAAACCUGCUUUCACCAACUAUAGAGAAACAAGGGUUAUGGUUUUUACAAAGCUGAAACAGAGACACCUGCUUUUCUGGACCUGACAACAGAAGGGUUUUUACGAGCGGAGCACCGACCUGGCUUGUGAGGACCAGUUUUUCCCUCCCGGGGCAGUCCUACAAAAGCAGUGCCUGCUGCACACAUUUCUGUCUUCACUUCUUUGUAGCGACGUCAGUGCCUCCCUGUAAAGAAGGAGAGUACUUUCAGGCGUCUUGUUUUGGCUCCCACGCGAGUCCUCUGGUGUCUGUGCAACCCCUUCCGCCACUCAGGAGAGGCACGAGGGAACAGCAAAAACUGCGCUCUACUUCGCCUGGUCACUUUCGCUGUCGGUUCCACCGCCCUAUCCUCUUCCUUCUCCAGGGAGAGCGUGUGUGUGUGUGAGUGAGUGUGUGUGAGUGUGUGUGUGAGUGAGUGAGUGUGUGUGUGUGUGUGCGUGCAGGAUGCCCUCCCUAGCCUCGUUGUUCGGGCUGUUGCUGCUGCUUCUGUUCAGGCUCUCAACGGUGUGUUGCUCGCCCGAUGUUGCCGUGGACACUGUCAAGGUGGGACCGGGGAUGGGCAUGGACAUCCAGGAAGCCUGCCCGUCCUGUGCCCUCGCCCAGAUAGGAGGGACUCCCGGACUCAGACCAGGGUGAUGUGGCGGUGCCCCCUGGGGCCGGGACGGCGUCGGAGCCGCCUUCGAGCCGGUCCGACAUGGUGGAGGCGGUGAAGCGGCACAUCCUCAACAUGCUGCACCUGAUCUCCCGGCCCAACGUCACCAACCCGGUGCCACGCGCCGCCCUGCUCAACGCCAUCCGGAAGCUGCACGUGGGACGCGUGGGCGAGGACGGCAGCGUGGAGAUCCAGGAGGACGGGAGCGCCGGGGAGGCGGCGCUGCCCGAGACGCCCUCCGAGAUCAUCACAUUCGCUGAGCCAGGUGCCUCUCCGUCUGCGGUGACCUUUGACAUUUCCAACGAGGGCAACGAGCUCCUGGUGGUGGAGCAGGCCAACGUGUGGCUCUUCCUGAAGCUGGCCAAGGGCCAGGGGCGGGGCAAAGGCAAAGUCAACAUCCGGCUCCUGCAGCGCCACGGAGACCAGCCGAGAGCCCCCGGCUCCUCCCCCGAAGAGCCCCGGGACGAGGAGCUAGUGUCGGAGAAGUUGGUGGACACGCGGCGUAGUGGCUGGCAUCAGCUCCCCGUGCCACGUAGCAUCCAGUCCCUGCUGGACACCGGCGGCAGCGUCCUCCAGCUGACCGUCUCCUGCCCGCUGUGCGCAGAGGCGGGCGUGGCGCCUGUCCUGGUCCCCGCCGAGGGCAAGCGGGAGGAGUCCCACCGGCCGUUCCUCAUGGUGGUGCUGCGGCCCGGGGAGGAGGAGCACACCCGGCGGCGCGCCAAACGCGGCCUGGAGUGCGACGGCAAAAUGCGCAUGUGCUGCAAGCGCCAGUUCUACGUCAACUUCAAGGACAUCGGCUGGAACGACUGGAUCAUCGCACCGCCCGGCUACCACGCCAACUACUGCGAGGGCGACUGCCCCAGCCACGUGGCCAGCAUCACCGGCUCCUCCCUGUCCUUCCACUCCACCGUCAUUAACCACUACCGCAUGCGGGGCUACGCGCCCUUCCAGAACACCAAGUCGUGCUGCGUGCCCACGCGGCUACGGGCCAUGUCCAUGCUCUACUACAACGAGGAGCAGAAGAUCAUCAAGAAGGACAUCCAGAACAUGAUCGUGGACGAGUGCGGCUGCUCGUAAGACACGGCCACGAGAGCGGCAAAGACUCGCGUUAAAACGGGACGACC